AUGUUCGUCUACGAAGGCCGUCUCGACUGGAAGCCCUACGGUGAUAACGAGACCUUCGUUAUCAUCUUGCCUGACGGUCCAGUCCGCGUCGGCGAUACCGCCUACCUCUUUUCCCAAUGGACCAAGGACGCCCAGGGCACCAAGAAGGCCAACUUCUUCCAAAAGUCCGCCAUCGAAAAAGUCUCCAAGACUCCCAACGGCGAUGACACCUUCAUCGCCAAGGCUUCCUACUACAGCUGGGAGAUCACGUCCCGCGACAUCUAUGGCAAGCUCGACGUUGUCAUGUCGAACCCGGCGGGCGCCAAGAGCAACAUGUCGUUCAAGCGCAUCUGGCAGUCCAAGGGCGAGCAGACCACUGGUGCUGCUAGAAUCUGGACUGGCAAGAUUUCUUGGUCCAAGUAUGCUAGUGACGAGAUGAGCAUUUUCAUCGUCCCCGAGGGGUUCGGCGAUGGAAAGCCGGUUCUUUCGCUUUGGCAGUGGACUCAUGAUGAUACUGGUACUGAAAAGUCUCCGUCCUUCCGCGCUGAGUCCCAGAAGAUGAUUUCUGGUGCUGGAAAAGGCAUCAAGUUCUCUUACCAUUCGUACUACGAUAUUACGUGUACCUGGGAUGAGAAGACAGAGAAGCUUGCUGUCCACAUGAAGGGACCUGAGGCGAACCAGGAUCUUGGCGAGUACACUUUAUCCGCUUUGAUUGAUCGCCACUCCCAUGACUGGACCCCCCCAGAGUAUUCAACCCCCGACAAGGCCGAGGUCGAAGUCCGUCUUCCCCAGCCUCAGCCGUCUCUUCCUCGCAUUCUUGGACCCCUUCCUUUCCCCAAGAAUCUCAUUGACACUCUGCGACAUACCAUCGCCUUUGCCGAUCAAGCCGGCUAUCUCGCCAAGUAUGCUGAGGAUCGAUUCAAAGCACUCGAUGCAGACUUCCAUGCUCGAGGCGAACGGCUCAACGCCGCUACCACUGAGAACGACGAGCUCAGGAAGGAGGUCAAGAAGCUCACCGAUGAUCUCAAUGUCGAAAAGGCCAAGACCGGUGAUCUGACCAAGAGACUCGCUGACGCUCAAGCCGCCCAUGCUGCCGAUCUCAAGGAGAGAGACGAAAAGCUCGCCAAAAGCAAGAAUCAUGAUAUCGAAGACCACAAGGCCAUGGCGGAACUGGCUGCCCGGAUCGAAUAUGAGCGAGCUUCCAAGGCCGAGGUGCAGAAGAACCUUGACCAGACGACGACUGAUCUCAGAGCCGCCGAGGCUCGCCUUAAGACUGAAGCCGCCAAGAUUGUUGCUCUAACUGCUCGUAUCGCCACUCUCGAAGCAGAACUCGAAAUUGAGAAGCGAGAGGGUGAGAGACUCCGCGGUGAGAACAAGCAGAAGGAUGAUACCAUCGCAAAGCUGGAGAAGGCCAAAAAUGACCUCCAGUGCCAGUUAGAACAGGCCCAGGAUGAUGCCAAGGAUCUCGACAAGCUUGCAAAAGAAAGGGGUGUGACGAUCGGCGAGAAAGGUGAUGAGAUCAAAGGGCUCAACAGCGUCAUCGAGACCAAGGAGAAGGCGUUUCUCAAGCUCCAGGAAGAGAUGAAUGAGAAGGCUAAGGAGCUACGGACUCACAUGCAUGAGGGUCAUGUUACACCUGCUCCUGCUCCUACUCCUACUGUUGUUCCUGAGCCUAAGCUACGCUUCAAGUGCAACAUUCGAAGUGAGAGUUCUAGUGGCAACAAGAAUGUCUUCUUCGACCUCAACGGCGCAGGUGGUCAGAACCCUCCUGUUCAUGCAAUUUCUGAUGGAUCGUACAAGUGGAACUCCAACCAAAUCUGGGAGAUCUUCUCCAUUCCCGGGUCCAAUACGCGCGUCAUCAUCAAGAACGCGGGCAAUAGCUUUGUCCUCUUUUCAACUGGACACGGACAGACUGUCAAGUGUGAGAGAAACCGCGAUGUCUCUGACCUUGCAGCUCAGUGGGAUCUCCAAGGCGCGACUGUUGACAACGUCAACGACAACACGCAAGUUCGAUUCCGAAAUGCUAAGGAUGAGACGUAUCUUGACCUUUCGGGUGGCAAUACCACUAAUGGCACGGCUUUCUUGACCUGGAAGGACGGCCAUGGUGGUGCGAACCAGGCUUUCAAGCUUUGGAAGCACUAG